UUUAGCGGAAUUCGCUCGACUCCCAAUGUUUACAUCUGUCGACGGAAGAUGGCUACGGGGAAGGUCCUCCUCCUCCUAGUUACGUGUGCGUUGUGUUUUACUGCAGCAAUAAAGGAAUCCAAAAGCUUUGCCUAUGAGAAAGGUAUAGUUGCAAAUUUAUCUCAUUGUCCAGGCCGCUACUGUGGCCGCACAAAACUUAGAAAUGAAUCAUGGUCAGCAUGUGGAGCUUGUGAGAGAGGAUUCCGAAGUAAUCCUUUAAGUGAGUGUAAAAAAUGUAAUGAUGAACCAAAAUUGUAUGACUGGCUCUACCUUGGCUUCAUGGGGUUACUGCCCCUGACCUUUCACUUGGGCUGUAUUGAUGCUGCAGCAAAGAGAAGAACGUUCACAAAAGAAGUAAUGGCACUUUAUGCAUCAGCUGUUGUUGAGGUGGCUGUUGCAGCAGUGGCCACUUUAUUAAUCACUGACCCAGUUGGAUCCUUCAACAUACGAUCUUGCACGGAACACGGAUUGGCAGACUGGUAUCCACUUUUUCAUAAUCCAAACCCAAACUAUGAGGGGGUUUUGCACUGUACUCAGGAGGCCGUAUAUCCUUUAUAUUCAAUGGUAUUUGUAUUCUACACAUUAUGUUUGAUGGUGAUGCUUCUGAUACGACCACUACUUUCCUCAAAACUUCUUCCUGGUAGAGGAAAAUCAGCAAUUUACUCUGCCUUGUAUUUCCUCCCAAUUUUGAUAUUCACCCAUGCUGUCGGAGCAGGGCUCAUAUACUACUCAUUUCCAUAUCUAGUCAUCAUCUUAUCUGUUGUGUCAAAUGCUGCACAUUUUGCUUUUCAAUUAGAUCAGUCAAUGCCGGGUCUUCUGCUGGGAUGUAUUCGAGAUAUACGAAACUUGGUCAUCUUAAUAGGCCACUGGGGCUUGCAUGCAUAUGGCAUUAUUGCUAUCAUGGUCCUAAAUGAGAAAGAUCUUUAUGGGUCUCUCUGUGCCUUGGUUCCCCUACCAGCAGUCUUUUACAUUCUUACAUCACGGUUUACAGAUCCUUCAAACAUGAGCUAAGGGGUAAGUUUCUGUGAUGCUUUGUACUGGAAAAAUGUUUACUAAAGAUGGCUGUGAUUCCCGGUUGGGAGGAUGUGUUUAUGUAUAAGAAGGAUAUACUUCUGAAUGGUUGGAAUGAUGUCUUCAGCAGGAAAAGUGGUAUGUACAUAUUGAGGUGUUAUCCAAUUUGCAUGCUUGAAAUAUCCAAUGUAUAUUAUAUAUUUGAUUGUUAAUUAUUCUGUGACAUUUUUCAUCUCUGCAAAUUCUCUAUUAUCAGUAAGAAUAGUCUGUUUGAGUAAAUAUUGUAUGAAUGUCAUACUGUACUGAUGUAUCACACGUAUUCAAGAUCCUGAAUAUUGCAUUAAUCUGUCUGUCUAGCUAUGUAUGUCUUGUUAUUGUAUUUCUUACAGAUAAUUGUAUUAAAAUAAUAGUGAUAGCUAAAGUAAAAAAUAUAUAACCUUGGUACUAGAAAUAGCAAUGAAGUUUACAAGACAGUCUAGGAAAAAGGCAAAAGGAAAAAUUUCAUCAGAGGUGCGGUAUGUUUAUCUUUUGUAUAUAUCAGGGAUUUCUUAUUUUAAGCACAACUAUGGGUCUCUAUAAAAUAAAUCAUUUUUCAGAAGAAAAAAAUCUGUAUGGAUGAAUAAUUGUACAUAAAGUUUUUGAAUUAUAAUGAUAAAAUUUGUAUUGCAUUG